CAGUGGAGGUGAGCAGCCGGCCCGGGAGGCACUGUGUGUGCUGCUGCGAUCCGGCUUGCAGCAGCGAUCCGGCUUGGCCCUGGGAGGAAGGCUGUGUACAGCAGCUACCCGGCUUGGCCAUGGCAGCGGCGCCUCUGAAAGUGUGCAUCGUGGGCUCCGGGAACUGGGGAUCGGCUGUUGCAAAAAUCAUCGGAAGCAAUGUGAAGAACCUGCAGAAGUUCUCCUCCACGGUCAAGAUGUGGGUCUUCGAAGAGACCGUGAACGGGAGGAAGUUGACGGACAUCAUCAACAAUGACCACGAAAAUGUGAAAUAUCUCCCGGGACACAAGCUGCCAGAAAAUGUGGUCGCUGUCCCAAAUCUCGGCGAAGCCGUGCAGGACGCAGACCUGCUGGUGUUCGUCAUUCCCCACCAGUUCAUUCACAAGAUCUGCGAUGAGAUCACGGGCAGGGUGCCCAAGAAGGCCCUGGGAAUCACCCUCAUCAAGGGCAUAGACGAGGGCCCGGACGGGCUGAAGCUCAUCUCUGACAUCAUCCGGGAGAAGAUGGGGAUUGACAUCAGUGUGCUGAUGGGGGCCAACAUCGCCAGCGAGGUCGCCGCGGAGAAGUUCUGCGAGACCACCAUUGGCAGCAAAGUGUUGCAGAACGGCCUUCUCUUCAAAGAGCUGCUGCAGACGCCCAACUUCAGAAUCACGGUGGUGGACGAUGCAGACACCGUGGAACUCUGCGGUGCUCUUAAGAACAUUGUUGCUGUGGGAGCCGGCUUCUGCGAUGGCCUCCGCUGUGGGGACAACACCAAGGCAGCCGUCAUCCGCCUGGGCCUCAUGGAAAUGAUCGCUUUUGCCAAGAUCUUCUGUAAGGGCCAGGUGUCCACGGCCACCUUCUUGGAGAGCUGCGGGGUGGCCGACCUCAUCACCACCUGCUACGGAGGGCGGAACCGCAAGGUGGCAGAGGCCUUCGCCAGGACUGGGAAGACCAUCGAAGAGCUGGAGAAGGAGCUGCUGAAUGGACAGAAGCUCCAGGGACCCCAGACCUCCGCGGAGGUGUACCGCAUCCUCAAGCAGAAGGGGCUGCUGGACAAGUUUCCCCUCUUCACUGCCGUGUAUCAGAUCUGCUAUGAAGGCAGACCUGUCACCCAGAUGCUGUCCUGCCUGCAGAGCCACCCGGAGCACAUCUGAAGGAAGUCAGGCAGCCCUGUGGGAAGGGCUCUGCCUUGCCCAUGGAGGACCACCCAGAAAACCAGGGCGUGGCAGUGAGAUCCUGCUGAACUGUACUCUGAUCUGAACACAUACAAAUUGUCACAGCUUUGUCUCUGUGCCAGGAAGAGGCACAGCUACAGAGGCACAUGCACAUGAGUGAGAGUGUGUGUGUGUGUGUGUGUGUGCGCACCAGUGUGCACCUUUUCUCAUUCUGUGAGUGUUUCUCUGAAUCCAAAUCAGGUGUCUAUUUUAAUGAUCACAUUUUAAAUUUUCCCUCCAGGGCAGCUUGUGAGAUUAGAACUAACUCAGCUAGAUUUUAUGGCCUUGACUUGUAUGCAAGUGAAGGGAAGAACUGUUUGAUUUUUCCCUCUGAAAACAGUUAUCCUGGUGUAUGCGGGUAUGUGUGCUUGAUGACCUCCACACUUUACUUUUAAACAGCAUCUCAGAGCCAGCAGCACGAGCUCCUGGAUUAUGGUUUGAUAGCUUAACAAUCAGGUGUUUUAAUCAGAUCCUCCACAUACACUUCUCUUCUUGAUACGACACCACAUUUCUUGCCUCCUCUUCAUUCGCUGCUAGAAUGGGUUUUUAUACAGGCCCAGCAAGGCAGAGAAAGGAGGCAUCCUGCAGUGGCUGACAUUUCCUCCUGGGGAAACUAUCAUGCUCUUUGCUAGGUGUGACUUCUGCAACAUUGUCUCUCCGGGCUCGUGGAACCGUGAAGGGUGCCACUGUCACUUCUCAUGUAAGAAGCCAUUGCUGUACCUGAUCGUCCAAGGACAUUCCUCCUUGCCUCCAGGACAGGACCUGCUGGGAUGUCACUGGGCCUCCCCGACCUGGCUGUUUAUAGGAAUGGUAUCUAUGUGCAGCCUUUCCUGAGGCCGCAGGAGGGCUUCCCGACUUGGGGAUUUGUGUGGCAGAGAGCCGGAAGGUCACCACUGAGUGAUGUCCCCAAUUGGCCGGGUCAUUGCACUCUUAAGAAAGAGGGUUCCCGGGCCUCAAGAAUGGCCCUUGUGUUUCAAUAUGCCUUUCAUGCAUUUCUGAUGGUCACUACAUUUUGAGAGCCACUGCAUUUGAGAAUUUACAGCCUUUGCCGAACAAUGUUCUAUAAAUACAAGUGUCCUGUAGUCUCCUGGCUACGCCAAGUGGACCCUGGAAUGGCCAGGUGAGUUUGGCCAUUACAGUUGCCUGCCUGUCACACACUAGAGGGGGGAGCCUGGAUGCUGGGCACCUGCUAAGCUAAUAAGUCCCAAACACAUUAGACUAUGAGAGAUUAUUAUUAUUUUUUUUACUAGAACAUUAACCAACGUUUCUAGAGAAUACUGCUAUAGAGUGAGGCGCCCCUCACUCUCCAGAGGAAAUCAGGAUGACUAACUUCCUGUGAGGGUUUGUUCUAUGUAGCCUGGGUUUUGCAGUUUUUGACCUUUCUGACUCCCUGAGGAAGCUUCCAGGAGGCAGGGUCGGGCACAGACAAGUCAAUGUGGACCUCACUGAAACGCACACUGUAUGGAGUGAGUGCUUUGGAUGCUGGAAUUAGGACACAAAUGAUUUUAUCUUUAUUUAAAAACCAGGCAUCCCAUGGGAGCGGGAAGAGCGUACAGAUGCCGUUGUCCUGCGCUUAUGAGAGUUUCUACUUCCUCUCCCUCAUCCUGGGUUUGGUAUCCCCCACCCUACUCUGCAUCCCCUAUAUAACCGAAAAUGAUUGUAAAAUAAAUUUUUAUGGGAAUUUUUAAAACUAUCCAAGAAGACUUUUGGAGCAUUGUAAAGUCCCAUACCUGAAACGCACAGCAGGCUGAAUAUUUCAGUUUUCAUAAUGAUGUUGUCAAUCAAUUUUUUUCUUGUCUCCUAGUAAGUCUUUUUUUUAAAACUCUGUACCUAUGUAACGAAUAGUUGCUUUUUAAGAUAUCCAAAGGGCUGUGAGCAACCCCAUGGUGUCUACAAAGUAGCACAGUGCAGGAUUGUUAACGUUUGUGUUUUGUGUCCUCAUUUAAUUCACCUCUCUGGCCUUGUACUUCCGGGUCCUUCCUUUCCCUCAUGAACGACCCUUCCUGACUGAUGCCCCCCUGAAGUCAGCUGAUGUUGUUAUCAUAGUCCACCCAUGAUGAAAACAGGCAAAUUCCUUGUUUGCUUUGACGGCCAGAGGCUUUACUCUGAGUUACCUAUUUCUGUAACCACCUGCUGAUUGCUGUUUCUUGUGGCCAUAGGGACACUUGGAUUAGAAGCUUCACCUGUGAAUGUAACUAAGUAAGCUCUUGCCUUGCUCCUCUCCACGGCAGUUUCUGAUGAAUCUCUGGAGAUCCACCCCUGGGGCCUAAGCCUGCCUUCUGUUGUUUUUCACAGCUGGCCUAAGGAGGUCGCUGUGGUGAGAUUGCAGUGUCUGAACAGAAUUGUUUCUCUGCCACUUCUGAUGGGCUAGCCUCCUACUUCCAAAUGUACUGUAUUUGUUUACGGACUGUAGGUGGAUGCGUAGUGCAAAGGCUCGACGUAAUAAACACAACCUCUCAAACCUG